UGCUGUCAACUGUUGCCUUCCCUAAAACAAACGUACUAAUGCGCGCGUCUGGAUAGCCAUUCUCAUCACAGUUUUCCUGCUUGGAUUCUGUUGUCGAGAACAUUGGAUAUGUGCGCGCGGAAUUAUGAGAACCCAUUCCCUCCCGUCAGAAGUAAGAUAAAAUAGGCUUUUGCACGCAUUGGACUAACUCUUCUCUUUCCUUAUGAAGAAGGCAAAAAUUUGGAUAAGCGCUUGUGUCUGUGUUUUCGCUCUUGCCACUUUCGUCACAUGUUCGAGUGGAAUUGGAAACCCCAUAACAGAUGAUGUCAACAAAGUCUCAUUAGUGAAACAGAAUAUACCAAAAGAUUACAAGAUUCCUAUAUAUUACAUUCCUAAAGAAGUGAGUGGCACGUGUUGGCUUGAGCUAAAUGUGUAUCACCUGGAAGUGAGCUUAAACACACUGGCGCAAAUGUUCGGAAACAUUUCUUCCAACAAGGAAAACAUUGGCAUCUUUGUAACGCUUCUGCAGGAUGUGCGUUACCGGAUGGGUCCUGAUCUGGAGGGGAUGAUGCAGGACUUUGAGUGCCAUUACAGAGAGGAGAGGUGGGAGACGGCACGCUAUUUCAACUUUGUGCAGGACUUUUUCAUGACUGCACGUUCAAAACAUCAAAGAGAGGAUGAGGACGAAGGACGAAGGACAGGACAGAGAGAGGAGUGCGAACCUCCUCCCUGUCCAACAACACGAGCACCACUGGCAAAUGAGUCCAGCUCCACAGGUCCUCGUUCUGCCACCGAUGUAACGCCAGACUGUGCUUCAGCGGGAGACUGCAAAGUGAACAAAGCCAGGACGGAGCAGCGCCUCCUGUCGGACGCGGUGGAGAAGAGCCUUCUGUCGCUGCUGCUGCUUCCCCUGGCUGCUGCGGUUCUGCUGCUGUGGAAGGUGAGAGGCAGGAGGAGGGGAGAGACUGAGAGGAAGCCUGAAAACGGAGAACUCUUCACAGCAGAGGAAGGGAAUGAUCCCCCGUUAAACGGAGAAACGCCCCAUGAGAAGAACAGACUGAGCACCAUGGAAGAAGUGUAACUCCUUGCACAUUGUGAAAUUUGGGUGACUGUACUGAAGCUCCUUUUGAAAAACAAAAACCUAAAACAUUUCUCACUGUUCUCUGAAGUGAAGGACUUACUUUGGGCUUUGGGCCUGAACCCUGCAGCAGUACAGCACCCCAACCCCCAGUGCCCCGUCCCCCGC